UUAUUACCUAAAUCACCAGAUCCAUGUAUAAAACAUAAAAGACUCCUAAAACUUCAACAACAUCUCUCUAUCUCUACAAUCAACAAGAUCAUAUCAUGUCAUCUCCUAGAUAUAGAGGAAAGAGCUCGAUGGAAUCAUCAGGAUCAGAGCCACCGGUGUCACCAAGCCGUUACGAGUUACAAAAGAGACGGGACUGGAACACUUUCGGACAGUACUUGAAGAACCAGAGACCGCCCAUGCCGAUGUCUCACUGCAACUGCAACCACGUGCUUGAUUUCCUCAGGUACUUAGACCAGUUCGGUAAGACAAAGGUGCACGUGCCUGGCUGUAUGUUCUACGGUCAGCCUGAGCCACCAGCUCCUUGCACAUGUCCUCUCAGACAAGCUUGGGGGAGUCUCGACGCUUUGAUCGGACGGCUGAGAGCGGCUUACGAGGAGAACGGUGGAUCUCCGGAAACAAACCCUUUCGCUAGUGGAGCAAUCAGGGUUUACUUGAGGGAGGUUAGGGAGUGUCAGGCCAAAGCUAGAGGGAUUCCUUACAAAAAGAAGAAGAAGAAGCCAACGACGACCGAGAUGGGUGGUGGAAGAGAGGACUCUUCUUCUUCCUCCGCCUCUUCCUUCGGCUUCCCUUAAGAUUCUCAUGAUCUUGGUGAAAGACUUUGUGGAUCAACAGUCUCAGAGAGGGAUCAAACGUAAAAGAGGCCUCAACUCUACCUACUGAUGUUCAAGAAGUCAAAAGUAAAAUGUUAUUUUCGGCUUAUUUUAACCGAUCUUCAUCUACUCCUACAUUUCCGUAGCAAUCGAUUGGUUAUUUAUCUUCAUCAUCUAUUCUCUAAAUAAACAAUUUUUAAAUAAGGAAGUGGAUAGAUUUUAUAUACUUAAGACAAGUUUGUUUUGCACUUCUAUGUCAGCGUACUUAUAUGUAUCUUAGGUUUUCAACCA